AUGUCAACUGUAAGAUAUUUUGACGAUGUUCCCCACAUCGUCCGUUUUGGAAUGAAGACCGAAGAGGACGAAUUUUGUUGGAUAUUGUUUUACAGAAACGGAAAUGUCUACGGAACAGCCUUCUACUCGGCUUGGAGGCCUUUGCUAGCAGAGCCCAAGCCGGGUGAUUCAAUGGCGGAUUCGGUGGCGAAGAUGUUGGAUAGGCACAAUAAUCUCUGCGAUCUUAUAAUAUCCCAUUCUAUGACCACAUUGCAGAAGCUAGCCCCUGUCGGGCCACAUUGGAUCACCUUGAGAGAUUACCUGCAUACUCCGGCUUAUAGUUUAAAGCUUGUCACUGAGAUGGAGACCACUAAUGUGCAUCCGGAAGUCACAAAAGGCCCAGAAGAUGUAGCGGCAUACGAGUUCCAACCUCUCCCUUUUACAGCGUUCAUCAAUCUGCCAAAAACGAUUCCGCAAUAUCCAAGUAGCGAAUUGGUCAUACUUGACAGGGAGUUAAACUGGAGAAACCCUCCACACAAGGUCCGAACAACUGAUGGUCUCGUCUGUUACUUCAAGGCUUGCAAACGUAGCAGUACAUGGGUCGAGACUGGCGAAGUGCAAAAUGACGCUUUGGACAGCAUAGAAGCUCAUCUUUGUUUGCUCAAAUAUGGCCAAGAAAAACAUGAUACGUACGCUACUCGAAAAUCUACAGUUCUGGGUAUCGUGACAGAUACCUCUUUUGUAUCCGACGAGUCUGCUUCCGCGAUCCAAGUAGUACUUGAUCGCACCGGGCAGAAAUACAAGCAUGACGCAGAGAUGAGCCAGACUUUAGUAGCUGGAAUACUACUAUCUUCUACUACCUCCAGUCAAUCGUUGGCAAAUGUCAUUGCGCAGGCUGAAGAUACUACAUCGGACAUCUUCGCUGAACAAGUUCGAAGUUGGAAGACUCAGAUUGAGGAGGAAGUCGUACAUCUCCAUUCCGCAGGCAUUUGCUAUGGUGGGCGAGAUGAUUGGUUUAAUAUAAAUCAAUAUACAGUACUCAUUGGUGCUGAGAGCAAUGCAUCCUUGGAUCUAGAUACCGCGACCUUCGUGGAUGAUUCAAAUAUCGACGAUACAGGUAGGAAAUUCACAUCAAUGGAUAAUCUUGCAGUUGAGAGUCUAUUUGGGAAGUGGUUACAAGCAGAGUUGACGAAAAAAGGCGGAUGAAGAUAUCCAGAGAUGUCCAAGGUACCUAGGUAGCUAAUCUGUCCUAGAAGAUCAUGUAUGACGCGAGCCAGGCAGCCUGAUGACUCAAUAUUUUAUUGGUAUAUGGUACUCGUUUGCCACCUAGCAUAAAGACUUAUGUCCAAAUGACACGAUUAGUUGACAUUAUAUGUUGAGUGCUACAAAUGCUGCCUACG